AUGACGUUGACACUGGCUCCCGAGUCUACCAACAUGUGCAGUGGAAAAGGACAGAUGUUGGUAAGGACCUCCGGCUGCCUUCAGACCUUGAUCAGCAUCCUGCAGAGGUGCGGACUUGGAGGCAGCUGGUCCCUCGAUGCAGCCCGCAUUCAGUUCUGGGGAGCCGUCAUCAGUGCCAUCUCUGCUUGCCUCAACAACCCACGCAAUGAACAGAACCAGGGUCUGUGUAGCAUGGUGCUCGCCAGGGUUGUUCACCUGCUGGUCGUCGCCUCGGACAGAGGCGAUGAAAGACAUUCACUGGUUCCUGCCUUGGCUUCACUCACUGGCCAGUGCGUGGCUGGCAAUGUUCACAACCAAGAACAGAUGUGCAGCAGUGGUGCGCUCGAAGAGCUCGGCCGUGUCUUUAGACGGCUAUCACAACUGUCCUGUAGCGGACGCAGCAUGCAGAUCCUUGCCUGCAUAGCAAACGCCAUCGACGCGUGCGUGACAGACUACUGUCAAGGGUCUAUCCUUGUUGGCAGUCUGGGAGUGGUGGAAGCUCUAGUCCAGCUGCUAGCUGAGCCGUCUGCAGAGACUGACAUCACGCACAAGACGAAAUUCCUUCUCACUCUAGCCCACCUGGUUGAUGACAAUGACGAGAACAGACAGAGAGCGGUGGACGCUCACGGGGUGCCGGUGAUUGUAAAGUGCCUUGCUGAGACCGGUGAUCCGGAGUUCAGCAGGACUGCUCAGUUUCUACUCCACACCUGCUUUUCCCCCUCAGGAGAGCUAGCCGAUAACCCUGGCAGUGAUAACACUGCCUGCAGGGAGGCGAUGAAACAAUGCUCCGAAUUAUCAGAGAGUGAUCAAUACUGGAGCAGAGAGGUGCUGUCGCGCCUGCAGAACGUCCAGCACACGCUGGACAGCAUGAACACCCACGACACGAGGGCGACACCAGGUGGCGCUACCCACGACACGAGGGCGACACCAGGGGCGACGGUGGACAGGCGACGCUGCGCGCGACACCGCCGCAGCUUCCCCUAG